UAGCCGGAGGCUGCCUUUGACUCAGAGCGGGGCGCCUCGUCGCUUCCUUUCCUCAGGUGACUUUGCCCGCAGGGUCUGCUGUCUGCCGCCGCCGGCCAAGUUUUGUUGCAGCCCUUGAAGCGCCCCAGCUUCCCUCCCGAGCGCCAGUGGCGGGUCCAUGGAGAAGGGCCCGGUGCGGACGUCUGCGGAGAAGCCGCGGGGCGCCAGGUGCAGCAAUGGGUUUCCCGAGCGGGAGUCGCCGCGGCCCGGGCCCAGCCGGCCGGCAGAGAAGCCCCCGCGACCCGAGGCCAAAAGCGCCCAGCCGGCGGACGGCUGGAAGGGCGAGCGGCCCCGCAGCGAGGAGGAUAACGAGCUGAACCUCCCCAACCUGGCGGCCGCCUACUCGUCCAUCCUGCGCUCGCUGGGCGAGGACCCCCAGCGGCAGGGGCUGCUUAAGACGCCCUGGAGAGCGGCCACGGCCAUGCAGUUCUUCACCAAGGGCUACCAGGAGACCAUCUCAGAUGUCCUAAAUGAUGCUAUAUUUGAUGAAGAUCAUGAUGAGAUGGUCAUUGUGAAGGACAUAGACAUGUUCUCCAUGUGCGAACAUCAUCUAGUUCCAUUUGUUGGAAAGGUCCAUAUUGGUUAUCUUCCUAACAAGCAAGUCCUUGGCCUCAGUAAGCUUGCAAGGAUUGUAGAAAUCUAUAGUAGAAGAUUACAAGUUCAGGAGCGCCUUACAAAACAAAUUGCCGUGGCCAUCACAGAAGCCUUGCGACCUGCCGGAGUUGGGGUUGUGGUUGAAGCAACACACAUGUGUAUGGUAAUGCGAGGGGUACAGAAAAUGAACAGCAAAACCGUGACCAGCACAAUGCUGGGUGUGUUCCGGGAAGACCCAAAGACUCGGGAAGAGUUUCUAACUCUCAUUAGGAGCUGAACUGCAGUGUGUGCCGUGUACUUUGCAGAUCUGACUGCUAGCGGCAUUAUUUGUCUGGUCUUAAUUGUUUGUACAUUCCAUUUUCAAUUGUUACAGACGUGAACUUUAUUCCUUGUUGCUAAUUGUGUUUAAGAAUUAUUUAUAGCAAGUCAAAUAAAAAUAAUUUAUAAAGGGGCGAGCCCUCUAUUCUUGCCACUUUUAGUGGUGAUGUUAAAGUGAACUGCAGUAGUGAAAGUUCCGUGCACAAAAUCACGCCAUUCAGAUACCCUGAGGGUUCUGGGAAGGGAGAAGAAUUCAUGUAUUUGAUUGCAGUAGUGGUAAUUUGACACAUAGGCAAAGGAGUGUUGGGAAUAGGAGAGCGCUAUAGCCGAUACACUGUUGUGUCAACCAAACAAAAAAUGGUGUAGUGCUGAAAGUGCUUAAAAUAAUUUAUGUGCAGUGUGUGUGUAGCAUCGCUCUGUGUGAAUUCAAGUCCAACAGGCUCCACUGUAAUCAUGUUUACUAAGCCACCAGUGAUGCUUUUAAAAAAUAUAUAUUUAUUUUUUAAAUACCAAGUUGUAAUGUUAGUCACCAAUGGAAAGUGGUGGAAUAUCUGUUCUUUGGAUUUUACUGUGAGUUAAAAAGGCACAUUUCUACCUUCUAUUCUUUUUUAGCUCACGUACAGGAAAUUAGUUCCUGGAGUUGUUUACGAGUGUAUUCUCAUGUCAACAUACAGGGAUUUAGAUAUUUAACUCUCUGUGCCUUGAUGGGAAACCCUGGUGGCAUAGUGGUUAAGUGCUAUGGCUCCUAACCAAAGGGUUGGCAGUUCAAAUCCGCCAGGCGCUCCUCGGAAACUCUAUGGGGCAGUUCUACUCUGUCCUAUAGGGUCGCUAUGAGUCGGAAUCGACUCGAUGGCACUGGGUUUGUUUUUUUUUGUUUUUGGUGCCUUGAUGAGAAUAGCACACCAUUUAGAGUAUAGAUACCUUUGCCUUUCUUUAAAAGCCAUUAUUUUAUAAGACUUAGUACUGACAUUGCAGAUAACUAGUCCUCACAGUUUUACCUUUAGAAUUCCCUUGGGUGUUUACUUUGUGUGUUCUAUGUAGAUGCCUCAAAACAUUUUUUUUAAAUUUGUCACGUAUUUUUCUAAGUAUUUCCAGAAAUUUUUGAGGGUGUCCAUCACUUUUGGGUAGGCUGAGCCAUAGCUGCCCUGAGCAUGAGAGAAUACAGAAUGAACUACUUGUAGACUCCAUUCUGAGCAUUGUCUACUGUUCUAUGAAAGCUGUAUUGUUGGUGUUCGUGAAAAUGUACCAGAAAACCUAUGAUACUGGCUUUCCACCUGGUCCCUGUGGGUUUAGUCUUCAAUGUAACUCUGUACAGGUGGUAUAGGUAUUUUAGUCUAGGAAACUGUUGCCUUAUUAAUGAUUAUCUUAAAAUUUCCUUCACUGGGGCAGUGUGGGCCAAAUUAAAACAAAACAGAACAACUCUUGCAAAAGUACAAACACAGUUAUUCCAUGGGGAAGUCUCUUAUUUGGUUGACAUAAUACUCCUCAAAUUUAUCCCAUUACCUUUAGAAGAAUUGAUUUAACUUUGGAAGUUCUGUAAGUCUUAUCUUUGUUAUGUUGAUGCCAUUUGGCUUAUGAUGGGGCAAGAUGGCAGAGGUGUUUUUGUGAUUUGGGUUUUUUUGUUUUGUUUUUAAUUCCUCCUACUUCUCAUAUUUCCUAGUCUUUUCUAUAUUCAGAAUUUAUAGAGCAUUGGUUGAUUUUGAGUUCUUUUUUUAAGGAACAUGGUAUAAAAAUGUUAUCCUGCAUAAUAUUUAGACACUUAGAGGUAGAAUUCUAAGCACUCAACUCAUGUUUGAUAUUAUAAGUAAAAACAGGUGUGACUUAGAGGACCAAAGAAAUUGUUAGCUAUAAAUUUAUCUUUCGGAAUCGUUUAUAUUCCUUUUUAAUGACUCUUUGUUCUAACAUUUCCUGUAAGUCUUCUCACAAAGAGCUAAUGUAUUUGCAGUCUAUUCUCUUACUGGUAAAUGCAAAGUAAUUACCUUAUUUAUUUUACUGUGGUCUGUAGCACUUAAAAUUACCUUUUUCAGGAUUUCUAGGAAUUUGAUGUGUUUAAAUACACUGUUGAAUUAAAUUGUUUGAAUUUUAUGUAUGUGUAUGUUCCUGAAUUUCGUUCUGUUUAAAUUAUUAAAGUGCUAUCACUUUGUUCUUGUGAAA